AUGCGUCUAAAUGUUGUUGUUGCAGUUUCUGAAAACUGGGGUAUCGGGAAGUGUGGAGGUUUGCCUUGGAAAAUAAAGAAAGACAUGGAAUUUUUCAAGUCAGUAACAACUAAAGCUCAUCCAGGUAAAGUGUUUAACCUGAAAAUAAAUCCAGGUCUCAAAAAUGCGGUUGUUAUGGGGAGAGUUACAUGGGAAUCUAUACCAGAGAGCUUCAAACCACUAAAGGAUAGGAUUAACAUAGUGGUAUCAAGCACGUUAUCACACGCACCACCACGUGUUCAAAUUGUUCCCAAUCUUAAUGCAGCCAUUGACUUGUUAUAUAAUGAAGAAUUCAGCUCCAUAGUAGAUGAGGUUUUUAUCAUUGGUGGGCAUCGUCUUUACGAGGAGGCCUUGAAACAAUCCAUAUACCCGGUUCGUAUCUAUUGUACGCACAUACUAAAUGAGGUGGACUGCGAUACUUAUUUCCCAAAACUCGAUUGGAGUAAACUGAAAAAAGUUGAUCUACCUGAUAUACCAGCGGAUACUUUCACAGAGAAUGGAUUUACAUACAACUUCUGUGUUUAUGACGUUCCAUCCGAACAGUUUAUAUAAUUUAUAAAUUUAUCAGUAGAUAUCAUGUAAUCAAAUAUUUAUUCGUAAAAUUUU